AUGACAGAAAACGACCGACCAAGGCCGCCUGCAAAUAAGUCACCUCCUCUGACUCAUUUCCUGUGUUUGCCUCUGGUAAACUCAGUAUCUAUAUCUCAACUAGAGAAGUCGAUUGCAAAAUUCAAAGAGCUCCACCAGUCAAGUCAUGGCCCACCCGAAGUCAAUGGCCAAAUAAGUACAGCCCGCCUAGGUCUACCCAGCACGGCUUUCCGACCACUGGGGACACUUCAUCUUACUUUAGGGGUGAUGAGUCUUACAAAGGAGCGUCUUGAAGAAGCAUCUGCUUUCCUACAGUCUCUCGAUCUGGAAAGUCUGAUGCAUGAAGCUCAGAAAGUAGCCACAAGCUCACAUCGCCAAAGUCAGGCACAUUCGCCACAUAUCUCACAGACAUCCACAUCAAACACACCAUUCAGCAUAUCGUUGAAGUCAUUACACGCACUGCCACGUAAUGAUUCUGCAACUAUCUUGCAUGCUUCACCAGUGGACCCUACUGGUCGUUUGUAUCCAUUCUGUGUGAUGCUGAGGGAUAAGUUCAUCGAGGCCGGCUUCAUUCUAAACGAAGGUGGGAAGAAAGAUAAAAAGCCCUUGAGCCAAAAUCCCAAAAUCAACUCCACACAGAGUGCUCAUGCCAUCUUGUCUCCACUUAACGCAUCUUCACACCGACAAGUCUCGUCAAAGAACCUGGAUCCAUACACAAUCGCCAUUACUCGAGAACCAAAGCCACGGCCACUUCUUUUGCACGCAACCCUGGUUAACACAAUCUACGUCAAGGGGCGAAAGCAAAACCAAGACAAGCAACAGAAAGGAAAAAGUUCAUCCAAACGGAUGACAUUUGAUGCCCGGAAUUUGGUCUCCCAGUCCCUUGACAACCAAUCUCUGGUCGUAGCCACUUCCCCUAAACCGGCAUCCCAUCGAUCUUACAUAUGGGCCAGAAACUUUCCAAUAAAUUCAAUCUGCAUUUGCGAAAUGGGGGCUAAAAAAUUGCAUCCAGACGCUGACAAGCGCGGCCUGAAUGAGCGUUUGGGCGAGCAAUACCUGGCUGUUGCGCAGCGGACACUGAACCCCUCAGAGCGAUCUUCACGACACCCGCGGUGA